UUAGUGAUUACAAUGUGCGCAUGAAAGCAGGAUGCUCUGACUGCCUGUGUCGACGUCUAAAUUUCACAUCCAAAAACAGAACAAAAUCCGUAUACAUAGAACAAUGGAGUCGGUUAUAAUCAUACUUGUAACAGUCCUGCUAACCUCAGAGGCUUCCGAUGAGUGCACGCCAGAAAACGUGGCGCGAUGCUUGACCCCAUUCAUAAACGCCACUGAAGAAAUGGGUUACGCCAUCUCCACGACAAAUUUGGGAAGUAAAGAGAAGAUGGCCGCAGUGUGCAGGGAGUAUGGGACCAUGCAGGCCUGUCUACUGCCAGUUCGACCGAAAUGUGUCGACGCGAAAAAAAUGUUCUUAAAAUCAGUCGAAGUCCUAGAGAGCUACACGGGCUAUUUGUGCAGUGAAAGUGGUUUUGACACCUACAACAGAAACCACGAGUGUUUAAACAGCGAGGAGAUCAAACCCUCCAUAGAGAGGUGUGAAAAUACGUUUCAAGAAAGAAGGCGGGAGUACGCUGGCAGGGCCGUGUAUCAGUCUGGUAAAACACGACUACGGAAUCUUUGCAAAAUGAUGAAGGAUAUGUUAACGUGUACGGCGAAUGCACACAGCAUAUGCGGUGAAGAGGCGGUAGAUUUAUUAAACGUAAUUAACAACCAGAGUUUAAAAGAAAUAUUUGAAGGCCAAGGAAUCCCGUGUCAUAUUAAAAGAAAGAAUCACAAGAAAAGUAGCACAGCACCCAAUGUUGGGAAACAACUGGAGUAUAAAUCUGGCAUAGAAUCGUUACAAUCUUAUAGAUUUGAUAGAAUGGUUGCACUCAGCAUGUGUUUCUUUUAUCAAAUAUUGACGUCGUCUUAGCUCCCUGUAAAAAAUACCUAGAUUAAAACAUCUUGAUUGAUCCUGAUGCAAAGCCGCCCUUUGCCAUUUCUGUGAGGUUUUUGAAUUAAAGCACAGUGAUCUCGACGAUUUCUGAAAAUAAGCGGUUUUCGCGCUGUUAACAGUGAUAUUUUACAGUGGUUGCCAGGUGACGUCGACUUACCUAUUUCGGAUCUAAAGUAACCCGAAUGUUAGAAUACCUGUGCGUGGAGGGUAUUAAUUUUUGCAACUUUUGCAGGAACAUAUGGAAUGACAAAAAGAGCCCUAAAACUUGUUCCUUUUGAGUAGCCCUGUAAGAUCCUUUUGAAGGGAGGGGGUCUGUUUUAGUUCUGUCAUUGGACGUUUUACCAGAUUACGAAUUGGCCCAUCAUCCAAAGCAAUUUGAUUUCAAACAGCCCUUUAAAAUGAGUAUAUUUGUAGAAGGGAUUGUACUGUGAAUGAAAAACUUAGGUUUAAUUUAGUAAUAAAUGUAGGUCUUCAGUGAGCAGGUGUAUGAAAAGGUCAGUAAUGCAGGGAAUAGAAGCAGGUGGGGUGGCGGAGAGGUCUUUUGACCCUACAAAGGAAACUCUUGAAAAUCAGUGAAACAUUAGGUACAGUAUAAGACUUAAGCACGAAAGGUUUUGCUGAUUUAUUUGGCAUCCAGUAUGCCAGCCACAAUGUACAUAAAAUCACGUCAUAAAUGUUAGAUAAAAUCAUUGCAUUCCUCGAUAGGUAUAUGAACUAUUGUACAUGCAUGUAUCAGUCAACCGAAUAUUAAGUCCACUCAAUUCAGCUUUACACAGAGCCUUGUAGUUUUAAUACCACAUAAUUCUCUGCCGGAAUGUUCAAGAUCUUUGGUGUUGACCAUCUGUGGUUUCAGUGUCCGUACGUGAACAGAUUGUGUGAAGAUGUUAAAUCUGAAUAUAGCGUCCUCCAUAACGAUGUGUGUGCUCACAGAAAAACAUGAAAUGAUGUUGUCGCGUCAGUAGUAAUAUUCAUCACACAUUUUAUUCAAAAUUUAUAUUGUACAAGUAGAUAAUGUUACAUGUGAAAUGUGACUGAAAUAAAGCAUUUGUAAUCAUGUCAAAAGGCCUAUAAGGGCAAAUUUUCACAAACGGCUUCUGAAGUUUUUAAUUUAUUUUUCUUUCAAUUUAAUUCAUCAAUUCACUUAUUCAGUUCUUCCAUUAUUAUUAUUAUUAUUAUUAUUUUACAAAUAUACGUUUGGUCCGGAAGCCCUUCCAGUAGAUAUAGGCAUGUAUUUUCACCACCACUGACAAUCCUUCCAAUCUACAGAGAAAAAAUAAAUCCAAAAAAGAAUUUAUUCGAAAAGAUAAUCAGUGCCACAUUUGGCUGUCUACACUAUUAUGAUGUCCACACUAUUAAACAACUUUGCUAGACCAAUAAACAAAUAUAAGAUUUGUCCCAAGGUACUUGCGCUGUCUGGUUUCCUAUGCUGUACCAUGUCGGGGUGUCGCUGACGGCCCGUCCCAUCCCGCAACUCAGGCUGAGUGACGCAAUAAGCCUAAUCUUGCAGUAAUUAUUUAAGUGCGGUAUUUGUCUAGGGAGUAAUCUCGUAGUCAUUGUUAUCAGUCACUGUUGUUUAAAAUGAUAUGUAGGCUGUGUUGGUUACAACGACACGUGAAUAAUUUAGAUUCAUGAUUUCAAGAUCCUGACUUUUUUCACUAAAUGCUGACAGUUACUCCAUACAAAAGACGAGAUACAAGAUAGAGAUAUGGGUUAGCAUUUGAAGUAAACUGUGCUGCUUGAGUUAAACCCUAUACACUAUGCACAAAGGAAAAGAGGGCAGAAGUGGGCACAAUUAAAAAAUCACGUGUCGAACUAUGAAAAUCAGGACUGCUAACACGAGAAUCCGACACAAAAUGUAUAUGUAUGAUCUCUCAAUUCAUUCGGAUCAGAAGGAAUGAAAACUUUGUAAAGAGAUGGAGUUGGAUAAAAAAAUAUACAUAUAUACAUAAAAAUAUACAUAUGUAUAUGGUACAUAUAUAACGACGGCCAGGAAGGUGGGAGGGGCAUUCUUCUCACGGUACUACCCGCUUCUUGCAAGUUGUAUUCACAUCUACGUACAAUACACAGCAUCCGUCUAAACAGUUGUGGCUAAAACUUCAGGGAUAACUUGAUAUUGUCAGCAAUUAGUGAAGAAAGUUAUGGACCUUAGAGCCAUAUAUUUUAUUUACUUACUGGUGUUAUAAGUAAAAAUAAUAAAUUCAUUAUUAAGUUGUUACCCAGAAAUGACAAAAUGUAUGUAUAUACACGUAUACUGUUGGUAAAUGUUGAUGCAAAAUAUGUUCAGUGCACACAAAUAAAUUAUGGUUCAAACCAGAAUAAUGUUCUUGAUCAUGAUAUACGAGUAUCUAUUUGGAUACAGAG